AUGUGCAUUCUUUCAUCUUCUUCUUGCGUGGUUUUUAUAUCUAAAUCAAUGGCAUUUUUAUUACCAAUCCUAGUUUUACUAUCAAGCACGGCAUACUCAGCACGCUCAGGGUCCGAGAGUCCUAUCAAGUCAGCUACUUUCUUAUCUGAAAAGUUUGAAGUCGGGCCUGGAAUGAUCAAAGAUAUAAGUCUUGCACAUAUUGAGUUCCCAAGGGGACAUAUUGGAGUCAAGAGUUUUGAUGCUGAACUAGUUGAUGAAGAAGGGAAUGCUGUACCUUUGCAUGAAACAUACCUCCAUCAUUUUUUCGUUUUAAAAUACUUUGGAAAAAAGAAUAAUCCACUCUACCCUUUGAAGGAUCAUUUUGAGGGUGCUAUUCCUGUAAGAAACGCAGGAACAUGCAACGAGAAUAGACUUUCAUAUUUUUGGGGUAAGGGAGCUGAGUCACGAGGAACGCCGUCAAAACUUUUAGACCCAUUUGCAGUGGAAUCAGGUAACCCUGCAUCUACUCCAUCUGGAUAUGAAGACAAAUGGCUCGUUAACAUCAUGGUCAUUGAUACACGUGGUGCAAUAAAUAAAGAAUCUUGCACUGAAUGCACAUGUGACGCUUUCCACAUCCCAAAAGAUUUUUAUAAAAAGACAAGGGAUUUUCAUGGGAAACUACUGACCCCUGCUUAUAAAGGAGGAUUAUUUUGUUGCCAAAAUGGAUUUCAAUGCAAAUUGAAAAAAGAUUUUCAAGCCCCAACUAGAAAGCUUGCCCUAAGAUACAAUAUAACAUGGGCUGAUUGGAAUGAAUUCCAAGUUCCCGUUAAGUUUUAUAUACUUGAUUCAACCGAUCGAGUGACAAGAAAUGGCUCACAAACAAUCCAUGAUUGCCAGUAUCAUGUCAUGAAAGCUGACAUACCGAUGGAAAGAGGAGGUUAUCUCGUCUAUUGCACCGCUCAUAUGCAUGCAGGUGUUGUUAACGCAACUCUGUAUGGACAGGAUGGAAGAACAUUAUGCACUUCAACACCAAAAUAUGGAACGGGAAUGGAACCAGGAAAUGAGAAAGGUUUCAAUGUUGGAAUGUCUGUUACUUACCCAGAACACGGUUCAAUCAAGAUCACGGAUGGUGAAACUUUAACUGUAGAAUCGAGAUACGAAAGCGGCUUUCGCACAGGAGUUAUGGGGCAAAUGUAUAUCUACUUAGCAGAAAAGCUACAACAAUGAACAAUUAAACAAAAAAACAAUUCAUAUUUUGCUUAAGAGAUUUUCUUUUUUUGUAUGUCAACGUUAAUGUAAUGCCAAAAUAAAUUAUACAAAAGAGAUAAAAUGAUUCAA